AUGGACCCCAUCAGGUUUGAACCUGAAAGACGAAAUUCUAAUGGUGAUGUGGCUAAUGCCGAAGAACCUUUACAAGUAGAAAGAAGGUACAGUCCUAGUCUUGGUAAGGAUCGAUUUAAAGAGCCACCAAAACAAACCUCUAAUGUUGGGGUUCAAAAUGAAGAACCUGGAAGAGGGACUUCUGAUACUGGGGUUCAAUGGAGACAACUAGAAAAGAAAGCUUUUAGUGCUGAACUUGACAGUGUUCAACCUGAUGAACUAGAAAGGGGAAGAUCUGAGGUUGGCCUCAACAGGAUUGAAAAUAGUGCAGUAGAAAUGAAGACAUCUCAUGUUGACUUUCUUCUAUUGGAUGACAAUUUUAAGGGUAUAGAACCCAAAAGAGAUAAUAUGAAUGUCUUAGAACAAGAGACUUCCCAAGGUAGCCAGAGUAUGGAUAUAGUAAUGUCAGAAAAAUUAAAUUCAGAUACAUCCAAAAUGAGCCUAGAAGGAGAUAAUAUGAAUAUCUUUGAACAAGAGACUUCUCGUGGUAACCAGCAUAUGGAUAUGGCGAUGCUAGAAAAGUUACAUUUGGAGAGUUCCAAAAUCAGCCUUGAUGGGUUUAAACGAAGAAAGCACGAACCCAAUCCCGAUAUAGUUCGCCCUGAUGGUUGUUGCUCUAAUAAUUUUCAGCUUAGUGGAGAAGAUGAUUGCAAAGCUAGCAAUGAUACUUUUCAACCUAGAGAAGACAAACUAGAGUCUUCUAGUUCUACACCUGAUGUUAGCCAUGAUAACAUUCAAUCUACUGAGUCAAAAGAAUCAGGGACUGCUAGAGAUAGUUCUUGCACUAUGUGCUCUAAAGACCUAGAAAAAGGGAAUUGCAUAGAUGGUGUUGACAUGCUUAAUCAUGAUGAACUAGAACAGGGGACUUCUAAUGUUAGCAUUCAUAGCUUCCAGUCUAGUGACUCAGAAGCAGAAGAAACUUCUAAUAUUAGCAUUGAUAGCUUCGAAACUAGUGACUCAGAAGGUGAUAGCUUCAAGCCUAAGCCUAGUGACUCAAAAGUAGCAGAAAUUUGUACACAGUGUCCUUACAGGGUGAAUUAUAAUGACCCAAAUGAAGAGGAUUCUAGAUUUGGCCUUGAUGUUGUUUUUUCUAAACAACCAAAAAAAGAGAGAUCUAUAUGUAGCCCUUAUACUGUUCAACCAACAGAACAAAAAGGAGAGAGUCCGAAAUCUUCUUUGCCAUUCAAAAAGGAAAAGAAAACUAUUGUGUUAGAUUUGGAGGGCACCUUAAUAAAGAGCAGCAUCUCCUAUUGCACUCUUCCAAGCUAUGACUUUUUUGUUGAUUUCCAUGACCUUCCAGUUAGCAAGUAUGUUUUGAAAAGGCCCGGUAUGGAUGAGUUCUUAUCCAAGUUGGCCAAAAAAUAUGAACUUGUUGUUUUCACUGAAUCACCCAGAGAAACUACUGAAUGCAUUCUGGACAGAUUAGAUAUUAACCAUCACAUUACUUGGCGUUUUUAUGGAGAUUCAUGCAAAUCCAUCGAUGGUAAUUUUGUAGUGAAAGAUCUCCGUGUUCUUGGGAAAGACUUGGGGAGUGUAAUUAUAAUUGAUGAUAACCCAUUGUGUUAUGGUAUGCAGCCUCGAAAUGCAGUUGCUAUAAAAUCUUUUGAGGGUAAAAUGGAUGACAGAGAAUUGUAUAAACUUUUACCGUUCUUUGAUUUAUUACACAAUUACAGAGAUGUAAGAACUGCCGUUAAGAAGAAUCACAAGGUGGUUGACUAUUAG